AUGGGAGGGAUAGCUUCUCAUGCUUAUGUAGCCUCGAAGCAUGCAGUGGUGGGUCUCACAAAGAAUGUAGCUGCGGAGCUAGGUCAGAAUGGGAUAAGAGUAAAUUGUGUUUCAGCAUUCGCGAUCGCAUCACCUUUUGUUAGGAAUGUGUUGAAGAAGUAUAAUGAUGAUGUGAUUGAGAAGAAGGUAAAUGGGUUGGCUAGUCUCAAGGGAGUUACCUUGGCUGAACAAGAUAUUGCUGAGGCUGCAGUUUAUUUUGGGAGCGAUGAAUCAAAAUGUGUUAGUGGCCAUAAUUUUGUCAUUGAUGGAGGAUUUACCGUUGCAAAUACCAGCUUUGGUAUAUUCGACCAGUGA